AUGAAAUCUCAAGAAAAUGGUGGUUUUAGAUCUGCAGAAGAGGGAUAUGAUUCAAGUUCUUCCCAAACUGAACAUGUUUCAGUCCCUAUUUUCAUGGUUGAAGACGAAGUUUCAGGCAACGACCAGAGAGAACAAAACCUGGUUUUGGAGAUACCAUCAAGAACAUUACAACCCUCUUCCUCUCAAGAAUUUGUUCAUAUAAAGAUGCCGCCAACGCCAACGCCUUCCCACAAGAAAGUGAAUUUUAAUCUGUUAGCAUCACCCGACACUUGUUCAUCACAAACCAAAUCAUCAAAGAAAUCGAGUCUUUUACCAAAACUGAGUUUAAAGAACAGGAAUACGAUUUCAGAUAUCGUAAUUCCAGCAGCCUUAGCUUCUAUACCACAAGAAAAGCCAUCAAUCGCAAGAUCAUGGUCGCUUACAAAAAUGUUAAUAAAGAUGACGCCGUCUCUACCUUUUGCUCUGAUUGAACAUUCAGAUCGAGAGUCCGGAUUGAGAAGAGCAGGCGGUUCGCUUAAUUUGCAGACUAAAGUUCACGAGUGUAUAGCUCGAUCUCAAUCUGUCCCGAUCAUCAAUGAAAACACAAAUGUCAAGAGAAUGGAUUCGUUUUUUCGUGUGAUCCCCUCAACUCCACGAGCGAAAGAUAUUGAUGCUAAAACAUCGAUCCCUACUUCUACCGAUUAUCAUGCCGAUGAUGGUGACGAUAUAGCUGAAGAAGAGGCUGUUUGUAGGAUAUGUUUGAUCGAAUUAUGCGAAGGCGGAGAAACCUUGAAAAUGGAAUGCAGUUGCAAAGGCGAACUCGCGUUGGCCCAUCAAGAAUGUGCCGUAAAAUGGUUUAGCAUAAAAGGUAACAAAACUUGUGAUGUAUGCCAUCAAGACGUUCAAAAUCUACCCGUUACGCUUCAAAGAAUCCAGAGUACGGUUAGACACCAAGAUACCGGUGCAACCACGGUCCAUGACGGCGACCGCCACAUUGAAGUUAGCGGAUACAAGGUGUGGCAAGAAAUGCCGGUUCUUGUUAUUGUUAGCAUGAUUGCAUACUUUUGCUUUCUUGAGCAACUUCUGGUUGGGAAGAUGGGUACAGGUUCAAUUGCUCUGUCAAUUCCAUUUUCAUGUGUUUUAGGUCUUCUCUCAACCAUGACUUCUUCUGCUAUGGUGGAACGGAGAUUUGCAUGGUUAUAUGCGUCAAUUCAGUUCACAUUUGUGGUAGUUUUUGCACAUAUAUUUUACUCCAUGGUUCACGUUCAGCCGAUUUUAUCGAUUCUUCUUGCAACGUUUGCUGGUUGUGGGGUUGCAAUAUGUGGUAGGUCCAUUAUUGUGGAGGUCUUGAGGUUGAGAAGAUGGUGGCACGACAGAUCUAAUCAACAACAUGAUUCUUUGAGUGUCGAAAUCGCACCACCAUCAGAAACUCCACUUCCAUCACUACCGCCGCCGCCGCCACCAUCCUAUAUAGCUUCUCCGGAUGUUCUUUUGUAUGUAGAACCACAACAUGAUCAUGUCACAUCAUUAUCAUGCCCCCCGCCGCCGCCACCACCACCACCAUCUCCCCCUCACUGUACGGAAAACCAUAAAACUUCGAGCUUAUAGAAUGAGUUAAGUUGGCUUAAUUUGUGUUAGCUUUGAAGAAUGGGGAUUUCAUAACUUCAGAGAAAAUAAAGGAUUAAAAUGUGAUAUUGACCAUGCAAAUUGUAUUCCUGA